UAAGGUAGUAUAAAAUUGGCCUUGUGAAGGUAAUGUCUAGUGCCCAACCUACACCACUAGGAUGGAAAUUUGGAAAGUAAUCAUCAUGCCACCUUUUAUGGAGUGGGAAAACAACACAACCAUGCCUUCUUUUUGCUCCCAUUGGGUCAAUUCUAAACCUUACCACACUGAUCAACACACACACAAACACACACUAACUAUGUGAAGACUAAACCCCCAUAUUGUUUCUCUCAUGAACAUACUUUUUUCACUUGCAUUACUCAUUCAUUUCACAACUCACUUUCAUGGCCGUUGCACCACUGAUAACCUUCAACUUGAUACCGCAAUUACCGUCGCCAUACCCCCUCUAUACAUGAAUGGGUUUGUCACACCAACAUUUGUACUUGAGACCAGUCAACCGGUGCCUAGCUUUCGGGCUGGGCUUACAGUUGAAGCGGUUGAGGGAAAUAAAUACGUUUGUUCGUUUGAUGUUUAUCUUGGGAACUAUAGGGUUUGGAGCUCGUCGCGGUUUUUCACCUCUGAGAAAUGUGUAAUCAAUCUUACUAGGGAUGGGAACUUGCGAUUGACGGGCCAAAAUGACGAAAUCGGAUGGCAAACCGCAACCCAUGGCCAAGGUAUAAAGAGGCUGAAUUUAUCAGACUAUGGGAAUCUUGUUCUUGUGGAUGAAUUCAACGUCAUCAAAUGGCAAAGCUUUCAUUUUCCCACAAAUGUAAUGCUUUAUGGACAAAGACUUAGUGCCGGAACAAAGCUAACUUCUCCCUCUAAAAUUUCAAAUUCAAGUUAUUCGUUCGAAAUUCAUCAACAAAAACUCGCACUUUACUUCAAUUCGGAAAAGUUUAAGUACUCGUACUGGGAAUUCAACCCCAAGAAACCUGAAAACAUAUCAUUCAUUCAAUUGGCGACAAACGGGUUGCAUUUGUUCAACUAUAACAACCACAAGUUUGCCCAAAUUCCGUGCAAAAGACUAAAGCUUUUAAGGUUCUUAGCAAUUGAUAAUGCAACCGGGAACUUAGGGUUUUACUACUAUUCAAAUACUACAAGGAAAUUCGAAACCUCGUUCCAAGCUCUAAGAAACAAAUGUGAUCAACCAUAUUUUUGCAAACGGAACGAAAUUUGUACUUUUUCUAACAAAUGUUCAUGUUUGCCAAACGAGGGGUCUCUAGGUAACUUUUGUAGAAAUUCAAGGAGCAAUAUGAAGGAGGCACGAAAUAUAACCAUCGUUUUGAGGAACGAAAACUGGAAAAUUGUUAACACGACAAAGGAGUCGUGUAAGCAUUCGUGUAGAAAGAAUUGUACAUGUGUGGGUGCAUUAUUUGAAAGGGAGAAUAGUGAGUGUUAUUUGUAUGGAGAGAUAAGAGGAAUGAAGGAGGUUGAUAAUGUUGAUGAAAAAACAAGUUUUAUGGUAAAGGUUUUGGAGGGUGAGAAGAAUAAGAAUGGAUUGAGGAAAUGGGAAUUGAUUUUGAUUGUUGUUGUUGAUGGAAUUGUUCUUUUUGUAUGUUUGGGUGGAAUGGGUUUUUAUAUGUUGUGGAAAAGGAAAAAUGAAGCAAAUAAUAAUUAAGAUUUGAAAGUUGAUACGAUAUAAUUCAUAUAUUACUACC